AUGACGGAACGUUCUGUGCCUCAGAACAGAACGUUCUGUUCCAUAAAAGGUUAUAUAUAUAUUGGUCUCGAUGGGCCUUCAGAAGGUAAAAAUCCGUCAGUCAUGGACCUUACCAUAUUUGGGUACGAGAUCGGUGAAGUGAUUGCAGAAGGCACAUUUUCCGUUGUGAGAAAGGCUUUCUCCCACAAGCUUCAACGAUCUGUUGCCAUAAAAAUUAUUGAUAAAUCAAAACAGUCUGAUGACUUCUUAACUAAGUGUUUGCCAAGGGAGGUUUCCAUUUUUGCAGAAUGUUCCCACCCUAAUAUAAUCAAAGUAUAUCAAAUCAUUGAUUCAAAUGAACAUACAUUGUUUAUCAUGGAAGAAGCAAAAAGAGACCUCUUUGACUUAGUUGACUCUCAAGGUCAUUUAUCCGAAGAGGUUGCCCGACCAUAUUUUAAGCAGAUUUCCCAGGCUUUGGAAUAUUGCCAUAUACAUCAUAUCGCACACCGUGAUAUUAAGUGUGAAAACAUUUUAAUUACUAUCGAUAAUAUCCCAAAACUCACUGACUUUGGAUUAGCAACUUGCAUAAAAGGCUCAGAGAGUUGCCCAUCUUCAACAUUUUGUGGAUCGGCAGCAUAUGCUGCUCCUGAGAUUCUCAAUGGUGAGAAGUAUGAUCCAUUUAAGGCAGAUAUCUGGAGCCUGGGUGUUCUCCUCUAUGUUAUGGUGACAGGCUGCAUGCCUUUUGAUGAUAGUGACCUUUCAAAGCUCAAGGAGCUACAGAAAGCACCUGUUUUUAUAGAAUUGCGACAAGGGACUGCCUAUUCAGGGGCACAAGACAGGUGUCUCUGCAGCUGCGAGCGAGAUCCCAGGACGGUGCGUUGCCUUCCUGGUGCCAGGGUCAAGGACGUCUCGGAGCAGUUGUAG